UCCUCCCUCCCUCCCCAGAUCCUGUCACCUCCAACAUGACUUCCCUAUCGGGGACCAAGGAGAGGUCCGUGAGCAGCCGGAGCAGAAAAUAUGGGAUGCCCGACACCUCUCCAACCAAAGCUGCCUCCUUUUUCCCGGACACAUGGUACCGAAAGGCCUACGAUGAAAACAGUCGCACGCGCCCCGCCCCAGAGGGUGCCGGCUCCAUGCCGAGCUCCACUGGCACCCCGUCACCAGGCUCUGGGAUCUCCUCACCGGGGUCUUUCUCCGGAUCGCCAGGGACCAUCUCUCCGGGGAUUGGGACAGAGUCGCCUGGUUCUCUGGGCGGCUCCCCGGGUUUUGGGACAGGAUCACCAGCCUCGGGCAGCGGAAGUUCCCCCGGCAGUGAAAGAGUGAUUUGGUGUGAGAACUGCAACGCUAGACUGUCAGAGCUGAAAAGACAAGCAUUGAAACUGCUCAUCCCAGGACCUUACUCCAGCAAGGAUCCCUCCUUCUCUCUCCUCCUUCACGAUAAGCUUCAGGUGCCCAACAGUUCCUGGCGGGCGUGGAACGAGCGCGACAGUCGCUGUGACGUCUGCGCCACCCACCUCACGCAGCUCAAACAGGAAGCCGUGCGAUUGGUCCUUACUCUCGACCAGUGGGAUUUGUCUCCCCCGUCUUCGCCUCCUCCCACAUUGAACGGUAUGGAUCUCAAGGACCUCCGGGGUCCUAUGGGAGCAUCUGGAGUACCAGGAGGUCCUGGUUCACGGGAGUGGAUCCCUGCUUUUCUUCCUUCCUCCUCCUCUUCAGCUGUUGCACACUCGUCCUCCCAGUCCCCUUCCCCGAGUCCCAGCCAGACCCCAACGCCCAGCCCGAGCCACGGACCAUCCAACCCCGGCCAUGGGAGUCCCUCGGUUGGACAAACGUCCAACUGUGCUACCACAAACCCACCACCUCAUGGCCCUGGGCACAGAUCGGGGUCCAAGCCCAGUUCUCUGGGGCUUGGAGGUGGGGUGGACAGAAGGAACGGGUCCCCCGGUCCGGGAAAAGCUGUUGCCCAGCCAGUCACUGGAGUAAACAGCCAUGGCAAUAAUAGUGGUAAUAACGGAAGUGGAGCAGUACUGAGUACAACAGCUCUGCAGGCUCAUCAGCACCUGAACCGAUCUAAUGGAGGAGUUACACUCUACCCGUACCAGAUAUCUCAGAUGAUCUCUGAGGACUCCAGAGAAGGUUUGACCGAGGCAGCCCUCAACCGCUACAACACGCACUCUCCUGCACACAAUAGUUCAACGUCGCACACAAACUCGCCCUCUCACACGCCAGCUGUGACCACAAUCGCGCCAAGCACCACAUCUGCUGCCGCUUCCUUCUUUGCCAGAGCUGCACAAAAGUUGAACUUGGCAUCCAAGAAGAAGAAGCAGAAGACUGCGGCCGUCACGGCCCCAGUGACGUCAUCCUCGCAAUCAUGUGACCCCGCUCUGUUCCCCACCAAUUUUAGCUCCGCCCUGUUGAUGGCACCUCCUCCGGCUCCGCCAUGCCUUCUCCGCGCAGCCAACAAAAUCAAAGACACCCCUGGGCUUGGAAAGGUGAAAGUGAUGGUUCGUGUGUGCCCGGCGUCUCAGUCGGACGCAGCGGAGUCCAGUUCCUUCCUUAAAGUGGAUCCCAGGAAGAAACAAAUCACCAUCAUGGACCCCUCAGCCAAUCAGACAGCGAGCUCUGCCUCCCAGAAAAAGGCGGGAGCCAAUCAGGUUCCUCCAAAGAUGUUCAGCUUUGACGCUGCUUUCCCACCUGAUGCAUCACAGGCGGAGGUGUGCGCGGGAACGGUUGCCGAGGUGAUUCAGUCGGUGGUAAACGGAGCAGAUGGCUGCGUCUUCUGCUUUGGACACUCCAAACUGGGUAAAUCCUACACCAUGAUUGGCCGUGAUGACGCUCUCCAGACUCUGGGUAUAAUCCCCUGUGCCAUCUCCUGGUUGUUUAAGCUCAUAAAUGAGAGAAAAGAGAAAACGGGAGCACGCUUCUCUGUUCGUGUCUCUGCAGUGGAGGUUUGGGGAAAAGAGGAGAACCUUAAGGACUUGCUGUCUGAAGUGGCCACAGGCAGCUUACAGGACGGACAGGAUGGACAGUCACCUGGAGUCUACCUUUUUGAGGACCCUAUCUGUGGCAUGCAGCUCCAGAACCAGUCUGAACUGCGCGCUCCGACCCCGGAGAAGGCGGCCUGGUUCCUGGAUGCAGCCAUCGCAGCUCGUCACAGCAGCCACACCACGGAAGAAGAGCACAGAAACUCACACAUGCUGUUUACAUUACACAUAUACCAGUACCGCAUGGAAAAGACAGGCAAAGGAGGAAUGUCAGGAGGUCGCAGUCGCCUCCACCUGCUGGAUUUGGGCAGUUGUGAUCUCAAAGUCCUUGGAGGAGGAGACGUGAAAAGCAGGGAGAACUCUUUGCCCGGCGCUGCCCCUCUGUGCCUUUCUCUAUCGGCCCUCGGCAACGUGAUCCUGGCCCUGGUCAACGGCAGCAAGCACAUCCCAUACAAGGACAGCAAACUGACCAUGUUGCUAAGGGAGUCGCUUGGCAACAUGAACUGCCGGACCACCAUGAUUGCUCACAUCUCUGCCUCACCCAGAGAUUUCUCAGAAACCCUUUCCACCAUCCAGAUCGCUUCCCGGGUCCUCCGCAUGAAAAAGAAGAAAACUAAAGUCACAGUGCAAUACACUUCCAGCUCCUCUGGAGGAGAGAGCUCCUGCGAGGAGGGUCGCAUGCGUCGUCCCACCCAUCUGCGACCUUUCCAUCACCGCGGUGACACGGACUCGGACCUCCCGUUGCUGCGACUGUCCAGUGACCCCGACGAAUAUUCCAGCAGCGAGCAGUCAUGUGACACGGUGAUCUACGUGGGCCCUAACGGGUCCGCGGUGUCCGACAGAGAGCUGACGGACAACGAGGGGCCGCCAGAAUUUGUGCCAAUUAUUCCUGCUUUGCUUCGAGGUAAAAUGUCGGAACAGCAUCAAAGUCAAAGUCAGGCGGCCGGAGCCCAGAACAAGGUUCAGCCUCAGCCAGACGACCAACCCAGUGUCGCCGCUCAGCCUUUGCCUCAACCCUCUCAGUCGCUGCUCGGGCAGCCGUUGGCUCCGGUCCCAGAGGAGAGAGCCGAGUGCCUGAAAUGUAACACCUUUGCUGAGCUGCAGGAGAGACUGGACUGCAUUGAUGGAAGCGAGGAGGUGGCAAAGUUCCCCUUUGAAGAAAUUCCAGCGAGCAAACAAGGUGCCAAACAGGAGUCAUGUCCAUCUUCGGCUGUCACGACCUCCGCUCCUUCUGCUCCGGUGCCGGAUACAGAAACUAAAACAGGCUCUGCAUGUGCUGUAGCAGGUUCACUGGAGUUCUCCUCCUCAGCAGCAGCAGCAGCCUCCAGGAGGAGGACCAAUGACCAGCAGCUACAGGAGAUCAAGGAGGUGGUGGAAGAGGCACAGCUGGCUCAGACAAUGAUCCACAACUUGGCUCAGAGUUCUAGUUCCACUAUAGUUACUAGUACCAGGAGCGUUACGGGAAGCAGCACCAUUCCCUCUAACCCGCUACACAGGGCCAAGAGCUCCCUGCAGGACGGCCGCGAGAGUCUGAAUGUGGUGAAUAACACUGAGGGGAAGGCCCGGCCAUUAGGAUCUCCACGCCUUGGCAUCGCCAGUCUCACCAAAACCUCAGACUUCAGGCCUCCGUGCUCCCCGUCCCAGCGGUGCAAAGUGUACACCCAGAAGUGUGUAUUGCCGGCAACGCCCCCCUUGUCCUCACACACUCUGGCUCAAGAUGGACAGACAACAGAGGCUUUGACCUCAGACAACAGUUUGGCUGCAGACAGCGGCCGGUCCUCCACAGGCUCCCUGCUGUCUCGGACUUCUCCGGUGGGCAUGAGCCCACAAGUCCGAGAGCCGGCCCAAACUCUGUCGGCCAGCCUGGGAUCAGCAGAGACCCUCUGUGACGAUGACGUCCCACCGAUUCCCUUGGACACACACAAGGAUGCCGCGGGACCAGGAGCUUCUGUAAGAACAGUUGGACCUCCGUCACUUGGGGAGGAUGAAGCAGUGUACACUUUAGCUUGUGGAGAGUCUCAAGCCUCCUGCUCCAUCAGUACAGCCGAGGAUGGAGCUGUGGCAAAUAAUCGCAUGCUUGCAGAUCCUGCAACAACCUCGGGGGGUACGGAUGUCGCUGCUAUGGCAGAGGUGGCCAUGGCCAAGUUGCGGAUAGAAGGAGAAGCCUUUUCCACAGUGACGUCUAACUGCGGUUCACCCAUCUCCUCUUGGAUGAGUGAUCUGAGCAUGGGCAGCGAAGCUGAGCAGUCUCUCCACAGCUUCAGUCAGUCCCAGAGCCAGCAAGGGGAGGCCCUGGCUGAACCUGAACCCAGCCAGAACCUUUUGUUCGUAUCUGAUGGUCUGGGUGGUUAUGAGAACGGAGGCAGCCCAAAAAGGGGGACUCUGGAGGGAGAGUUGGUGCUGUCAGAAAACGGGAGUAAUAAGGCAACUGCAACCAAAGACCGGCUGAGAAAACUGCCUCCAUCCAUGGCUAAAACGAACAUCCAAAUUCUGGCCGGACCCAGUAACUUCUCUCCCUUCAAGACCACCAUCAGCGUGCACCCAUGUGUGGCUGUCAAACCCAUGGUCAUACAGGAACAAACCAUCCUCUCUUCGCCUACCAAGACCAGCUCAACGAAAGACCCAAGCAAAUAUAAUGCACCACUUUUAGCUUCUAUUUCCAGUGAGAUGAGCUUUGAAGAUCCUUGGUUGAAGCGCGUUGUGGAGGAGGGGAGGUGCAGGGAGCGUGUGUGUGAAGUGAGGCCAGAGAAGAGGGACGUGGAGUAUUCAAAAAGUCAAGCGAUAGCUGCGACCGGAGACCACCACAGCUUCUACAGGGAUGGUGGGGACCAUGGCAGCUCUAGUUCAGGUGGUGAGAUCGUGUCGUCUCCAGAUUCCUUUACGAGGUUGGUGGAUGGCUGUGAGAUGGUGGCCGUUGUUGCCCAGGGAGAAUGUUCGACGAGUAUCUACAGCUCGGAUAUCCACCGCACUGCCAGUCUUCCCCGUGGCUGGCACCGCCUCAACCGCCACGAUGGCUUGGACAACGGAAACGAGUACCGCAGUCUCGGUGUCACGACUUCAACUCCCUGCAGUCCUCGAGCCACACUCGACCGCCGGGGAUCUGCCGGAAAACUAGGCUUCAUCUCGCACAAGAAGGGGGGAAUCCCACCUCUGCCGCCGAUACGGAAGUCCAGCCUUGACCAGCGGAACAGGGCAGCCAGCCUUCUCCAGCAACCGUGCCACGGGGCGUCCCUCCUGGGCAUCGCGGCCGAUGACGCACAGAUCGCCAGACAGCGAGGCGCCAGUAUAGACAGCAGCAGACUCUUCAGCGCCAAAUUGGAACAGCUUGCAAACAGGACCAACUCCCUCGGUCGGGUCCACGGCACCCAAAGUGGUUCCCAACACUACGACUGCUUCUCUCUGGAGAGAGGGGGGAGCGUGAGAGGGGGAGAAGUGAAGGGGGACAGCACCAUGCCUCGUACCGGGCGCAGCAGCACCCGUGCCGGAUCAGGAUCUUCUCCCUUUGGAAACAUUAGCGGUUUCAGUGGCGGCCCCGGUCCAAGCAGUGUUCCACAGUCACCUGCCAAGACCAGUGGCCAGUCCAAAAUAUCAGCAGUCAGUAAGCUUCUAAUGACCAGUAGUCCCAAGGCCCGGAGUCUGUCUUCAUCCAGCACCAAGACCCUGAGCUUCUCCACCAAGUCCUUAAGCCAAGCUUCCAGCCGCAGCUCCAGCCUUCCUCCUAAUGGAAAGACCCAGAGCUCAGUUCAAGGACCUCUGCAGCAGCCGGCACCUUCCCCUGGGUCCUGGUCUACCCAAUCUUUGAGCCGCAGUCGAGGGGGAAACCUGGCUGCCAAGCUGCCUCUCCGCGCCGUCAACGGUCGAAUUUCAGAGCUCCUCCAGGGAAGUGCAGGCUCCCGUUCCAGAGGUCUCGCCCAGGGAGGAGGCACAGAUCCAGCAGAGGAAAGAGGAGUUGGAGGGGCAAGUGGAGGAGGAACUGUUGCAGGUGGUGAUGGUAGUGGAGGUGGUGGUGGAACUGGUCAGGGUGAGGAGAGGACAGCAGUAGUUCAAACACUGCCGUCACCCUACAGCAAGAUCACAGCUCCCAGAAAGGCACACCGCUGCAGCAGCGGCCAUGCCAGUGACAACAGCAGCGUACUGAGUGGGGAGCUCCCUCCGGCGAUGGGGAAGACGGCCUUGUUUUACCACAGUGGAGGCAGCAGUGGCUAUGAGAGCAUGCUGAGAGACAGCAGCGAGAACACAGGAAGCACCUCCUCCGCCCAGGACUCCCUCAGUGAGCACAGCUCAGCCACCACCUCCUCCAGACGGAGCUCCAAGAGCAGCAAGAAGAGCAGGAGCAACACAGGCCUGCAGCGUCGUCGCCUGAUCCCCGCACUGACCUUGGACUCUUCCUCUUCUUCACCGUCUCACCGCUCCUCCAAACAGGCCAUCACCUCCUCUUCCUCCUCUUCCUCCAGUCCGGGUGCAUGCUGGGUAGAUGGUCCACUGGGGCCACCGACUCCCUCGAACCUCCGCGGCGCGACCGCAACGACAGAAACCUUUGAGAUAAAGGUGUAUGAGAUAGAUGAUGUUGAGCGACUGCAGAAGAGGAGAGACAAAGGAGGAAGCAAGGAGGUGGUGCAUGUCAACGCCAAGCUCCGUCUGCUGGAACACCGUCAACAGAGAAUCACUGAAGUCAGAGCCAAGUACCAGUGUCUGAAGAAGGAGCUGGAGCAAACCAAACAGCACCUGAUGCUGGAGCCGCACAAAUGGACCACCGAGUUUGAGCUACAACAGGCCUACGAAGUGGACUCACUGGAAUAUUUGGAGGCUUUGGAGACAGUGACGGAAAAACUGGAGAACCGAGUCAACUUCUGCAAAGCUCACCUCAUGAUGAUCACCUGCUUCGACGUGUCCUCAAGGCACCGGUAGACAGAUGGCCAGCUGGAGGCCAGCAGAGGCAGAACCUCAGCUGGACUCAGUUAGAUGACGACCUUUGGACCAUUAUGCCCACAGAUUAAAUCAAAAACCAACCAAAUAUCUCCUAAAAAAAUACAUCCCAUCAGAUGUUGUGGAUAAUUGCAAGGGGUGAUACAGGGAUGACUGGCCACUCGAUCCUGCAUGUCUCCUCCAGAUGUUAGUAGGUAGAAGGACAGGCGGACGCAGGGAUGGAGGGAUGAAAAAGAGGAUGGAUAUACAUGAAUCAGGCCAGAAGACAGAUGAGACCCUGUUGUAUUUCUUGGGGAUUGAAGACAACCUCAGACAGCGAUAUUGAGCAGCAUCUAAUGGACGGGCCACUUAAAAUCAGAUGAAUGUCGCCGCUCGGAGAUGCAGACUGACGGUGUGAGUCUGAGAAGAAACACCAACAACAUCAAUAAUAGAGGGGUUUCCAGAGACUAACAAAAAUGAACCCGCUCACACAGCUCUAAGACGGAGUCAUUUCGGAAUGUCGAGAAGAAAGGAGCGGAAAGUCGAACAAAGACUGCCCAUUUUCGCUCAAAAAAAGAGAAAGAAGAGGUGCAGGAGAGGAGAGAAACAAUUUGGCAUCUCCCACCAUUUUAGAAAAGCACUUUUAAGCGUUAAAUACAGAGUGCCGACAACAGAACGGCCUGGUAUUGUUGUGCAGUUAUUAAAAGAAACUGACCAAGAGAAAGACAGGACGACAAAGGAAAAAUGAUUUAGACAAGUGCCUUGUAAACAUUUCAACAAUACCAAGACCAAUUCUCUUUCUCUCUACAAUGCAGUUAGUUUGGUGCUAGCGUAGAAAAAAAACAUAGAAGAUCAGUGUCCUUGGGAAACCUUUGAAUUUAUAGCCAUUUUUGACUGUGAUGUUUUAUUGUGGGUCAAUGUUUCACUAUAUCAUAGACAAAGUAAUACUGUAUGUUGAGACUCGAUUUAAACUAAAUUAAAAAAGUUAAUGGAUCAAGUCCUCUGAAAAACAGCAAAAGUGUUGCAAGGACCAAAUAUCCAAUUUUUAAAAAACGUACAUGAUUUUUCAAGAAAACAAGAGUAACGGGUGUUUAAACAAAGGCAAAAACGCCCUUUUUUUGUGGUGAUGUUUUUGACUCAAACCACAGAGCACCUGAAUCUGAGCAUCUGAACUGUGAUGCUCAGCGUCUCACACACACACACACACACACACAGCAUGUUUCUCCUGAUACAGAUGUGAUGGCUUUUCCAUGGUUCACACAGAAGUGGAAAUGAAAAUGUGUUGACCUGACUGUCAGACCGACUGACAGACAGACUGUUAUUUGUAUCCGUGUUGUUCUGCUUUGUUCUAAAAAAAAAAGAAAAAAAAGACUGAUUUGUCAACGUGUGUGUUUUAUAUUACGGUAUCCUUUUUUUAUUUGAGUCCAAUGGGACCAUGUGGAGACUAUGUACGAUAGCAAGAGAAUGCAAGUGGUUAAAGAGAUGUUUGAGGGGAAAUUCUGAGCAACACACAACACACAGUCACGAGAUGAGCCCAUUGAUUGACAGUGUUAAAUGCCCUUUUUAAAGGCCUGCGUUAUUGGAAACAUGUAGUGAAUUUAGACUCAAAAUGCACACGAUAAAGGAAGAAUUGAAAAAGAUAUAUAAAGUAAAGAAAGAAAGAAAUGGAUAAUGGCCAAAUUAAGAGGCAUAGGUCUCUGCCUGGUUCCAUUUUGUUUUGGAAGAUUUGUUAAUAUUACUAUAUGGUGCUUGAGAUGUUUAUGAUCUAAAUGUUUGUACAAAUAUAAAUAUAUGAAAGA